ACGAGCAAUGGGCGCCAUUUUGAAACCCCAUCCCGGAGCAGCCGAGAGCGGCUCGUGACCGCCGCAUCCCCUCCCGAAGUGUCAGGGCGGCUCCUCCUCCCUCACCGGCCCCAACACCCGGCUGUACCGAACACCUCCGACCGGACCGAGAGAGAGCGAAACACACACCGAGGGGAGGGCUGACAAAGCGACAAGGAAGCCGCCUCCUCCCCCCCACCCCCUGGAUAGGAAGGCCCGCUCCUAGAGGGCAGCCAUGGCAGGAGUGGCCGGAGGAAAUGACUUCCAGUGGUGUUUCUCCCAAGUCAAAGGUGCCAUAGACGAGGAUGUGGCAGAAGCCGACAUUAUUUCUACUGUUGAGUUCAACCUUCCUGGAGACUUGUUAGCUACAGGAGACAAAGGAGGAAGAGUGGUUAUAUUUCAACGGGAACCAGAGAGUAAAAACCGUCCUCAUUCUAGGGGUGAAUACAAUGUUUAUAGUACUUUCCAAAGCCAUGAGCCGGAAUUUGACUACUUAAAAAGUCUAGAAAUUGAAGAAAAAAUAAACAAAAUUAGGUGGUUGCCACAGCAAAAUGCUGCUCAUUUUCUACUCUCCACCAAUGAUAAAACAAUAAAGUUGUGGAAAAUAAGUGAACGCGACAAGAGAGUAGAAGGCUACAACUUGAAAGAUGACGAUGGCAGGCUACGGGAUCCAUUUAGAAUCACCUCUUUACGGGUGCCAAUUUUGAGACCCAUGGACCUAAUGGUUGAAGCAAGUCCAAGGAGGAUAUUUGCAAAUGCACAUACAUAUCACAUAAACUCUAUUUCAGUAAAUAGUGACCAUCAAACUUACCUUUCAGCAGAUGACCUGAGAGUUAAUUUAUGGCAUUUAGAAAUUACAGAUAGAAGUUUUAACAUUGUAGAUAUUAAGCCUGCUAACAUGGAGGAAUUAACAGAAGUCAUCACAGCUGCUGAGUUCCACCCUCAUCAAUGUAACGUGUUUGUCUACAGCAGUAGCAAAGGAACAAUUAGACUUUGUGACAUGCGGGAUUCAGCACUCUGCGAUAGACAUUCAAAAUUUUUUGAAGAACCUGAAGAUCCCAGCAGCAGAUCGUUUUUCUCUGAAAUCAUCUCCUCUAUAUCAGAUGUCAAAUUUAGUAAUAGUGGCCGCUACAUGAUGACCAGAGAUUACCUGUCUGUCAAAGUCUGGGAUCUCAACAUGGAGAGCAGGCCGGUAGAAACAUAUCAGGUUCAUGAAUAUCUUCGAAGUAAACUUUGUUCCCUUUAUGAAAACGACUGCAUCUUUGACAAAUUUGAGUGCUGCUGGAAUGGAUCUGACAGUGCAAUUAUGACGGGCUCUUACAACAACUUCUUCAGAAUGUUCGACAGAAACACACGCCGGGAUAUAACCUUGGAGGCCUCUAGGGAGAGCAGCAAACCACGUGCCAUUUUAAAGCCAAGGAAAGUCUGUACGGGUGGUAAGAGGAAGAAAGACGAGAUUAACGUCGACAGCCUAGACUUCAACAAAAAGAUUCUACACACUGCAUGGCACCCUAAAGAGAAUAUUAUUGCUGUUGCUGCCACCAAUAAUUUGUAUAUAUUUCAGGACAAAGUUAAUUAAAGAUGGUAUUUUCUUUUUUUUUUUCUUUUUUUCUUUUUUCCCCCUCUCCAUAACUUUGAGGACAAAGUCUUGUUCUUGCAUAGUUAAACCUAGUUGUUUAUCUGUAAGAGAUCAGACCAUGUUGUCCUACCAGUAAAAAAUAAUAAUAAUAAAAUAAAUAAAUUGGA